UGUCCAAGGAGGAGAUGGAAGUCAGACACCACGGAUCGCCGUACAAGCCAUUGGCCUUGCGAGAACACUUGCGCGCUCAACGCUUCCGGCUAUCGCACCACGACUUGCGCGCCUUCACUUCGUCAUGGCUUCCACUGCCGGUGUUUGUUGCGUACAGAAUACUCCUGGCGGUAUACCUUGCCGGGUUGACCGUCGCUCACAUCGUAGACCGCAGACACACGGACGGCGCUCGCUGGCUCAUCUUCAUCACAAACUGGAGUUUCCUUCUAUUCCUAGCAGCGACAACCCUGGCUGCGAUUAUGACUCUAAUCUUUACCAUGCAACCAUCUAAACUGGUAAAAAGUCGGAGACCUCGGGCUAACACUAAAAUUUCAAGUGAUACUAAGAAUUCUGAGCGUGCCCAAACCAACAAUAAUGGAGGAGAUGAUAUAAACUGGUUGUGAAGAUGUUCUGGGCAUUGUACAUCACGUCACACACUGUGACUGUGAUGGUUUGUAUUGGUUUCUGGUCGACACAAUACGAACCUUGCAUCAGAGAGACAGAAAAUAACACUACAUUGGCGGCUAGUUUCAUAGAUCGCAAUACAUCCACUGGUAGUCGAGAAGAUUGUGGAGUUGACUUUCUAUCUAUACACGUACACGGCAUCAAUGCAGUCCUAGUCAUCUGCGACAUAGUUCUGAGUCUGGUGCCAUUCAACGCCCUACAUUUUCUCUACCCUUGCAUCUUCACUCUCAACUACGUCGUAUUCUCCGGGAUUUACUACGCAGCAAAUGGAACAAACGAAUCUGGAGAUCCGUACAUUUACUCAAUUCUAAACUACGCAGAGAAUCCAGUUAUGUCAAGUGUUGCCGCUAUACUCCUGGUAUUCCUCCCGGCUGCUAUGUAUGUCAUUCCUCUACUUGUGGCAUGUGCAAGAGAUAGAGUGUAUCAGUGGAUGACGGAAAGAUGUAACACUUUUAUAGAGGCAACAGAAUCAGAGACAACAAGACACAAGUAGAGAGCAAUCGUAAACUUAAUUUCAGCAAACCAUGCACAGACAGUAUACAUACAUGCUUAAAAUAGCGUCCCACUUUUUGUUGUAUCAACACUAUAAUAUACUGAGGGUCAGCAGCAAGAUUGUUGAGUCCUCAGACUAUUGUCUGCAAUUUUAUAUGUACAUACGACACAAAUGAAAAUAUGUACAUAAUUAUAUUAUUAUAAGCCCUAUAAUCACAGUCCCAUAAAAGUGAAAGUGAACUUGCAACAAAAUUGCACGCGUUUCUA